AAAAUUUGCCGAUAAUCGUGUUUUCCUCUUUUAUCUCGCGUGAGUGCGUGAUUUUAGAGGCCGAAAGUGCAUCUCGUAUUGUGUAACGGAUCUAGUUAUUUCCCGAACCUUUCGAUGUUUUCCUUUCCUCUAAGUAAAUAAUAGAAACAGAGGAUCUUGAUUUCCGAAGUCCGUGGACGCCGAAAUUCGCAUUCAUGUAAAAAGUACUACGUGUUUUGAGUGUAUAGUUGCAUAAACUGACUGUGAUGAUGAUGAUUCAAAGUUACAAGCUCAAAGUUUCCAGCUGAAUGUUUCGUAGUUGGACGUGACAUUUCUUCCUUCCCAAAGAAAGGCAGCAAAUCUAAUCAUCUCUAGCUGAGGCGUGUUUGAAGGUUCCCGGAAAUCAAGGCUCUCUCAGGAUGGCCGAGGUGGACCCGGAAACACUGCUGGAAUGGCUGAGCAUGGGCCAGGGUGAUGAGCGUGACAUGCAGCUCAUCGCUCUGGAACAACUAUGCAUGCUGCUUUUGAUGUCCGAUAAUGUAGACCGAUGCUUUGAAAGUUGUCCACCGCGAUCUUUCCUCCCAGCAUUAUGCCGAAUAUUUCUAGAUGAGUGUGCCCCAGACAACGUUUUAGAAGUAACCGCACGUGCAAUCACAUACUAUUUGGAUGUCUCAGCAGAAUGCACACGGAGGAUAGUUGCAAUGGAGGGCGCCGUCAAGGCGAUAUGCAACCGCCUCAUCGUAGCCGAAGUCGCUUCAAGAACUAGUCGUGAUCUUGCUGAACAAUGUAUCAAGGUUCUAGAACUGAUCUGCACAAGAGAAGCAGGCGCAGUUUUCGAAGCCGGGGGUCUCAAUUGUGUGCUAACGUUCAUCCGAGAAAAUGGCACCCAAGUCCACAAAGAUACACUGCACUCAGCCAUGGCGGUUGUGUCUCGACUGUGCACGAAAAUGGAGCCGCAAGACGCAUCACUGCCAGCCUGUGUUGAAGCUCUGUCAGUUUUGCUGAAACAUGAAGACUCGCACGUUGCUGACGGUGCCCUACGAUGUUUUGCAUCCCUAUCUGACAGAUUUACCCGUCGCGGAGUUGAUCCUGCGCCUUUAGCACAACACGGCCUAGUAACAGAACUUCUUCAUAGACUGUCAAAUGCUGCAGGCCCUACCACAGCAACGCUCUCAACGCCUGCAACCCCAGGUGCGAACACAAGCUCAUCAGUUUGCGAAACAAAAUCAUCUGCAUCUGUCUCUACCAUUAUUAGUCUUUUAUCAACGCUCUGUCGAGGGUCUCCUAGCAUAACUCAUGAUUUACUUAGGUCUGAUUUGCCAGAUGCAAUUGAAAAGGCAUUAAAAGGCGAUGAGAGGUGUACAUUAGACUCAAUGCGCUUAGUAGAUUUGUUAUUAGUUCUGCUGUUUGAAGGACGGCGAGCGCUAUCAAGAAAUGGUGGCUCAACUAGCACGAGCAGUUCAGGACAGUCAUUACCCCGUCUACGACGGCUCGAUUCAGCCGGGGAGAAAACGCACCGGCAGCUCAUCGACUGCAUCCGGAGUAAAGACACAGAUGCCUUAAUAGAAGCGGUUGAAGCUGGGGGUGUUGAGGUUAAUUUUAUGGAUGAUGUAGGACAAACUCUAUUAAAUUGGGCCUCCGCCUUCGGGACCCAAGAGAUGGUGGAAUUUUUAUGUGAUAAAGGAGCUGAUGUGAACAAAGGUCACCGAUCAUCAUCGCUGCACUAUGCUGCAUGUUUCGGACGUCCAGCGAUUGCAAAAGUUCUCUUACGACAUGGUGCUAACCCGGAUUUGCGGGACGAAGACGGUAAAACUGCUUUGGACAAAGCGAGGGAGAGAAGUGACGAGGGACAUGGAGAGGUCGCUGCCAUCCUCCAGUCGCCCGGUGAAUUCAUGGUUCCCGUGGACAAAGACAAGAAACAAGAUGUAGCAGAGCCAGAGGACACUAACGAACCGAAAGGUGAUCCUGAAAUGGCCCCUGUUUACCUUGGCCGUCUACUGCCUGUAUUUUGCGAAACAUUCCAGUCAACAAUGCUUCCCUCAGUGAGGAAAGCCUCCUUGACUUUAAUUAAGAAAAUGGUGCAUUAUAUCCAACCCUCUCUUCUAGUAGAAACCUGCAGCCCAGAAUCUGCAACAUACAAUUUAGGAACAAUGUUGGUGGAAGUGAUCGCCACCGUUUUAGAUAACGAGAUCUCAUAUUCUUGGCCCUCGAGCAAAAAUGAGUCAAAGUGUUCAAGAUCUGGCUUUAUAAAUGUGUGCCACAAGAAUGGCUUUAUAACGUUACAGAAAGAGCAAAGUACCAAAUUUAUCAUUUGCAAAGUGGUAAACCCAGAUGAUGAGGAUGGUCAUGCGACUGUGCUACAAAUCAUCCAAGACCUGAUGACCAAAGCCCAAGAUAUAUUUUUAGACCACUUUGCACGGCUCGGCAUUUUCAGCAAAGUCCUUCAGCUGGCUGGGCCUCAAGAUGUACCUGAAAAAGAACCCAAGAAAACUAGCCUAAAUGAAUCCAGUAAAAACAUGGAAGAAAGUGAUAAAGCCCCUGUCACAGAAGACUUCUUAGAAGAUGCAAAAGAAAUGUUGCCAGGUCGGGCAUACUAUUGGCACGACUGGAAUUUAGUCCGUGGCAGGGAUUGCCUUUACAUCUGGGCUGAAGUAGCAGCUCUGGAGCUCUCCAAUGGAAGCAAUGGGUGGUUCCGCUUUAUCAUCGACAACAAAUUAGCAACCAUGUACUCCAGCGGUAGCCCUGAAGGCGGCUCGGAUCCUGCUGCUAAAGGAAAAACCUCAGAAACUUUAGCUGCUGAGGAAAAUCGAAGUGAAUUCCUAGAAAAACUGCAAAGAGCUCGAUCUCAAGUCAAAGCUAACGCCACCAGUCAGCCGAUUCUAUCUCAUCCAGGGUCAACAAGGAUCGUCGUCGGAAACUGGUCUUUGUCCAGUCGGAAAGAGGGUGAACUCCACAUUCACAAUUCAGACGGGCAACAGCAAGCAACUAUAUUGAGCGACGAUACUGCUGGUUUUGUCUUUGAGUCCAAUCGAGGCACCAGGCAUACCUUCAUUGCCGAGACAACCCUUGGACCAGAAUUUUCUGCCGGAUGGACCGGGAAAAGAGGCCGGAAGCUACAAUCAAAAUUGGAAGCUCUGAAGCAAAAGGUCAAACAUCAAGCGCAAGAUAUUUACGAGAAAUACUUCCGUGCUGCCCAAGCUCAACCACGAGGUGUUGUAGCCAAGUUAGGAACUAUUGUAGCCCAGAUCGAAAGAGCUUGCCAAAAACAACAAAUGAACAGAGAUUGCAGCAAACAAGGUGCUUGGCGGGAGCUUUUAUCCGGAGCCCUUCACGAUUUAGUCCAACUUCUUCGGGAGGACGGCGUUGUAUCAGCCUACGAACUGCAUAGUAGUGGAUUAGUUCAAGCCCUUCUAGCUCUUCUGUCAACAUCCUCUUCAUGGGACAGUGGUCUAAGUCCCAGCAAGCGAGCUAAGCUCCAGAAACAACGAGUGCAAGUGUUCAAAAAUUGUUUCAAAAACAAACUUAGUGAGAACGGAAACUCUGCCAAUAUCCUCAUUCACAAACUAGUUUCUGUUCUGGAAUCAAUAGAGAAGCUUCCAGUUUACUUGUACGAAUCUCCAGGGACCAAUUUUUGUCUACAGGUCUUAACGAGGCGGCUGCGAUUCCGAUUGGAGAAAGCAGCAUCUGAGUCCUCGUUGAUCGACAGGACCGGUCGAAGCCUGAAGAUGGAACCUUUGAGCACCAUCGCACAACUUGAGAAGUAUUUGCUGAAAAUGGUGGCCAAGCAGUGGUAUGAUUACGAUCGCUCCACCUUCUCAUUCGUCCGCAAGCUGAAAGAGUCGCCUCAACAGUUGAAUUUCAAGCAUCAACACGAUUUUGACGAAAAUGGAAUCAUCUACUGGAUUGGAACCAAUGGAAAGACCUGCGGGGAGUGGGUGAACCCUGCACAAUAUGGCUUGGUCGUUGUUUCCUCUUCGGAUGGUCGAACUCUUCCGUAUGGAAAACUGGAGGAUAUUUUAUCCCGCGACUCAUCAGCUCUAAAUUGUCACUCCAACGACGACAAACGGGCGUGGUUCAGUAUCGACUUGGGAUUGUGGGUCAUCCCUUCAUCUUAUACCUUGCGGCACGCUCGCGGCUAUGGCCGGUCUGCGCUUCGAAAUUGGCUCUUCCAGGUGUCUAAGGAUGGCGUCAAUUGGACAACAUUAGUCUCGCACACAGAUGAUACGAGCCUGAAUGAGCCCGGCUCAACUGCAACGUGGCCAGUCGAUGUUUCCACCCAUAACGAAACGCAAGGCUGGAGGCAUAUCCGUAUCCAACAAUCUGGGAAGAACGCCUCUGGUCAGACUCAUUAUUUGUCACUCUCAGGAUUCGAAGUCUACGGCACCGUCACAGGCAUCUGUGAAGAUUUAGGUAAAGCAGCGAAAGAAGCAGAGGCAAAUCUGCGAAAACAGAGACGUCAUCUCCGUUCUUUGGUAUUGAAGCAGCUUAUGAUUGGGUCCCGCGUAGCGCGAGGGCUCGAUUGGAAGUGGCGCGAUCAAGACGGCUCCCCGCCAGGUGAAGGCACUGUGACUGGAGAGCUCCACAAUGGCUGGAUUGAUGUGACAUGGGAUCACGGUGGCUGUAAUUCGUACCGCAUGGGCGCUGAAGGAAAAUAUGAUUUGAAGUUGUUGACGGACAGCACCGAAGUGACUGGAAUGGCCACUUCAACUCCUAAGGCAGCUCCUCCUCCAUCUUCUAAAAUCAACAAAAGCGCAUCGGCUACAGCUGAUAACGGCGGAAAAAAUGUUAGCGUUUUAACUAGCAGGAAAUCUAGCUCAACCCCUAGUUUAUCAGAUGCAAUGGAGGUUGUCAAAACAUCUGUUGCCAGCACUGAUCAGGCUGCAUCUGCUGACAAUUUGGCUGCACAGCAAGCAGCGCAAGCUCUGGCAGAAAGUGUAUUAAGUGCCGCUCUUGCCGCAAGUUCUGACAGCAGUGGCGCCCCAGAACUUUCCGUCGUUCUCAGGGAUACUGCCAGUGACCUUGCAACCAUUGUUGAGACUCUUACUUUAGAUGAAAACAAUGCAACUAGAUCUAAUUUGAACGCUCCUAAUAAUCGACUAGAAUCGCAACAAAAUAAUUUAGAUGAAUUUAGACUGUUAUCUGUUGUUGAAACUCCUGCCAAAAUGGAUCUGGUUGGCAGCUCACAAUCGGUAGCUUUGAACCGUGCUCUCAUCUCUGCUGCAAAGAAGUUUCCCUUUGGCAAUAACUCAAGUUUAGAAGAACACACCUCUGUCUUAUCUGCGGAGACAGGUGAACUAUUUGAAAAGAUUGCGGAAGGAUCAGAUAUAGUUCGCAAUAACACCAAUAGUUUCCUAUCAGGUCUGGUGAAUAGCGCCCUACCUCCAUCAGUCAGAAUUAGCUUGUCAAAUAACAACCCGUCUGGCUCGCACAACACGGAAGAUAAGUUCGCCGCCAGCAAAGGGAAACAGCACAUCAGUUACGCGGCAGCUGUCACUGAUACGAAAAAAGAAAAGGAGAAAGAUAAAGACGCUAAAGAAAACAGUAGUAACCGAGCUCAAGCAUCGUCAAACCCAAUGAGCGUGAGUGUCCCCAAUCUCACGGCCACAAAUUCGAAUAAUAUCGAAUCCUCCAAUACUACUGGUUUACUGGAACCGUUUGCCGCCAUAACCCGCAGGCGAACAACCAAUCACGUUAACAACGCAAAUAAUACAUCAAAUAACCCAAGCAGCAACUGCUGCAAGCCUCCAAUCGCAAAUGUUUCUUCUCUCUUCCCUCGAGGACCUUCGUCGGUCUCGAGCCUAGUCCGCCUCGCACUUUCUUCAAAUUUCCCAGGUGGUCUUCUGCACUCAGCACAAAGUUACCCAAGUUUAAGUGUCGGUGUCCCAGGAGGCAACGCUCAGUCACCGCAAUGUCUCACAAUGUCACUAACCUCCACGUCCAGCGAUAGCGAACAAGUCAGCUUUGAUGAUUUCUUGGAAAAUUGUCGGGCCCCAACAUUAUUGGCAGAGCUUGAGGAUGACGAUGAAAUUCAAGAUGAUGAUGAAAACGAUGACGAUGAGAACGAGGAUGACGAUGAUUAUGAAGAAGUAAUGGUUAGCCGAAAUCUUCUUACCUUUAUGGAGGAAGACACCUACGAAACAAGGCCAGUCGCAAACAAUGUCGUGACAAGUGGAAUUGUCGGUACAAAUGUCUCCUCAUCAAACUCAAAGCGGCGAUCGUGGGAUGAUGAAUUCGUUCUUAAAAGGCAGUUCUCAGCUUUGAUUCCAGCAUUCGACCCACGUCCAGGUCGCACAAACGUAAAUCAGACAACAGACCUGGAAAUCCCGCCUCCUUCGACUGACACAGAGCCUGGUGAACAAUCGGCUAACUCCUCGUCAAACUCAUCGUCUGCUACCAUUGUGGAGCACACUCAACCUAGGCUCCGUCUCACACUUCGUGGACCCAACAUUCCCGGCGUGCAAGAUGUUGAAAUCGAACUGGUCGAUCCUCAGUGGACAAUAUUCCACGCUGUCCAAGAACUGAUUCAAAUUGCCGAUCUCGGAAGCAGGCAAGAAAAAAUGAAGCGUAUUUGGGAGCCCACUUACACGAUAAUUUACAAAGAAGCCAAGGAGGAUGAAGACUUGCUGCAGGAAAACGUUGGAUCACUCUUCGGCCGUCAAUCCGGUUCCACAACACACCGUGGCUCGAUUGUCUCUCAACAGCAAUCGCAGUCACCACUGUCGUGCACUGUGGAGCAUGUCUUGCAAUUGCUGCGGCACCUCUUCAUGAUCUCGCGGCAGCCUGAGGAACAGGACGCAGAGUUAGAUGCGCAAGUUCAAUUGGAGGAAUUCUUGAGCAAGAAGAUGACCAACAAAUUGCUUCAGCAAAUCCAAGAUCCCCUUGUUCUCAGCUCUGGAGCGCUUCCCGCCUGGUGCGAGGAGCUCAACACCUCCUGCCCCUUCUUGUUCCCCUUCGAAACACGACAGCUGUACUUUAAUUGCACUGCGUUUGGAGCCAGUCGAUCAAUUGUUUGGCUGCAAACUCAGCGAGAUGCAACAAUGGAGCGACAGAGGACACCUGGCCUCUCUCCGAGGCGAGAUGAUCCUCACGAGUUCCGUGUAGGACGACUGAAACACGAGCGUGUCAAAGUUCCAAGAGGUGACCAACUCCUUCCUUGGGGCUAUCAAGUCAUGAAGACACACGCUGACCGCAAGAGUAUUCUUGAGGUUGAAUUCAUUGGCGAAGAAGGUACCGGCCUGGGACCCACUCUGGAGUUCUAUGCUUUAAUUGCUGCUGAAUUACAAAGGAAGGACUUAGGCAUGUGGCUGUGCGACGAUGAGAAUGAAGAGCUGGAUACGGCCGGCGUUAUUGGCGUUGAUUUAGGAGAGGGAGCAAAGCCACCAGGCUACUACGUACGCAGACCCUCAGGCCUCUUCCCAGCGCCGCUUCCGCAAGAUUCCCCUGACUGUGAUAGAGCCAUCCAGCACUUCUGGUUCCUCGGCGUUUUCUUAGCUAAGGUCCUUCAAGAUAACCGAUUAGUCGAUCUUCCGCUAUCGCAACCGUUUUUGAAGUUGAUGUGUCACGGUGAUAUUCAGAACAACAUCAAUGAAAGGAUUGGUAUGCGGCAUCUGAACCGAAGUGGCUUUUAUGACAAAGAAGAAGAACUCAUGAUGUCAUCCUUGAUCUCCGAAGAAAGUGAAAAGGAGCUAGAAUUAGAUCCUCCAAAGCUUCAUGCUGAAGACACCAGGCCAUGGUUCGCUGGAAUCCUGACCGAAAACGAUCUCUACGAAGUGGACCCAGUCCGAGGAAGGUUUUUGAAAGAACUGUGUGAUCUGGCGGCUCGGAAGAGCAGGAUCGCCACUGACAACUCGCUCUCAUCAGAAGCCCGCGCUCGUCAACUGCAGAACCUUUCUCUGGUCCCUUCAGCCGCUGGCCCUGUCGUUCGACUCGACGACCUCGCAAUUGCCUUUAACUAUUUGCCCUCAUCCAGGGUGUUCUCGUUCUCCUCUGCAGAUUUAGUUCCUAAUGGCUCAGAUAUUGACGUUUCUCUAGAAAAUGUGGAAGAAUAUGUAGACCUGACUUGCAAUUUCUGUCUGGAAUCUGGCAUCAAGCGACAGAUCGAAGCCUUCAGAGACGGUUUCAAUCUUGUUUUCCCCAUCAGCAAACUGCGCGCAUUCACUCCAAACGAGGUCCGAACAAUGCUGUGCGGUGAUCAGAACCCUCAAUGGACACGGGAAGAUCUCCUCAACUACACUGAGCCAAAACUAGGCUACUCCAAAGAUAGUCCUGGGUUCCAGCGAUUUAUCAAUGUUCUAGUCCAAAUGACAGCCGAAGAGCGGAAAGCAUUCCUGCAAUUCACAACAGGCUGUUCAUCGCUCCCGCCUGGUGGCCUGUCAAAUCUCUACCCACGCCUCACGGUUGUGCGCAAAGUGGAUGCUGGUGAAGGCAGCUACCCAUCGGUCAACACUUGCGUUCACUACCUCAAGCUCCCGGACUACCCGACUGAGGAAAUCCUCCGAGAAAGACUGCUCACGGCCACCCGUGAGAAGGGUUUCCACCUCAAUUAAAUUAAUCUAAUUAAUUUAAUUAUUUUUUGGUCAAUUAAAAAAUUAUAACGUUGUUGCGAAAUUUAAUCGAGUUGUUGAAAGUUGAAUUUUUUUUUUCGUUGGGAUAGCUGUGAGAUUUUCUUUUUUUUAUUUUCUUUAAAAAAUUAUCUGCGGAAUUGUGUGGCUGUGCAAGAGUAAGACAAAUGAAGCCAGCCGAAAACGUGUCAACCAAUUUUUCGAUAGUUUUUCGUAUUAUGAAGAGUGAUAGGAACUCUGGUAUUUCAAAACUUACUUUUUUAUGUGAAUUCUGAUUCCUUUUCUCCCCUCCCCCUUCCGUUUAAACCCUUUCCAUGCAAUAACAUAGACCAAGAUCUAUAAUAUUACACUGUUGAAGCUCUGCAACACCUGCUCCUCUGCUCUCUAAUCCUCAUCACAUAAUUUUAAGUAUAAUUUUUUCUAAUUGAUCAAGCCAGAACUCCUUCGUAACUGUCUUGUAAGUACGCAAGUGACCCACUUUGAGAAGAAAGCUAGCUGAGCAGUAAUUUUUUUUUCAUCGGUGAAGAUAAAAUUAUUAAUAACACAAUUUUAAAGUAAAUUUUAAGGCUUUCUCCCCCCUCAUUUGUAAUCUCAACUCAUGUGUGUGUAUGUACUUACAAAUUUUAUAGUGAAUAAUGGGUUUCUCUCUAUAUAUCUCUUUUUUGGACUCCAGUUUGUAACUAUUCCUUUUCAUAACGUUAAAGAUUCCGUUACAACAGUUUUCAUGUUCUUUCAAGCAUAGUAUUGUCUUCCCCCUCUCAGUUUGUAUGUAUAAAGUGAUGUAAGACUGUUCAAUAAUUUCCGUUUUCUCUCACCCCCAAUUGUUUUGUACGCUUCUCACAAUACUCUCCAUAGUCUGAAAACAAGGGAUGUGCUGGAAACUGUCCCAUCAGAUUUAGUCAUCGCACCCUUCUAUUGAGAAAGUAAAUUUUGGGUUUUUAAUCUUAUUGAUAAAUUGAUAAGAAAGUGUUUUUUUUUUGGCAUCGAGUACAAAAUUGAAGGGACUCAUUUUAAUGCAUGACAAUUCGUUCAUCGCAGUAUCAGGUGAAAGGAGAAUUUUUACACCAUUUGAAAUUUUACGCUUAGAAUCCUGACAAAGAUCGUUAAAUUAGAAAGUAAUGAGUUUUUUGUAGUAGUAGCUUGUAAUCUCUAACAGAUAGGGAAGCUAAGCUUUAUUGUACAUAAAACCUGAAAAUCAUGUCUUAAGCUAAGAGUUAUGGUAAAGUGACAUUGUAUGUUCGUUUCUCCUGCUGUAUGAGUCGGCUUUGGAAAAGGGUUUAGGUUUUCAUUUUGUAAAACUAAGUAAAUAGAUGUAAAAUUAAAGCUGAGAAACCAAUUUGAAUAUAAAACUAAGUGUGAUAUUUUUUAAGUUUACUUUAGGCUCUACCCAGGUAUCUUUUAGUUUUUAACGUAUUUCCUCUGUUGGACUCCCUGCCUCUCGUAUCACUGAGGAAAAUAAAAAUGUUGAUUUUAGUUGCAGAAAGAUCAGUCACCUAAGUUUAGUUUAAUUGUUAUUCUUCUUUUUUAAUUUUAUCCACGUAGAAUUUUUAUUUUCGCCCUGAAAGAUAUUUGAAUUUUCUUGUUUUUUAAGUGUAUGUUUAUCGAUUCUCCGAUACUACUCGUACCAACUCAAAGAAUUAUUUCUAUUCUAUGUAAGAAUAUUUUGUGAUUUCUGAAGGGAUGCAGUUUCAAAUAAUGCAUCCAAUAAAAAGUAUUUAAAAAAUAAAUGA